AGAGGUGUGCGGGAAAGGAACGGAACGUUUAUCUAAACGAAAAAAGCCGCGCUCUUCUCACUUUGCAGGCUUGCUUCGAUAGAUUCCAACGAGGUCUUCUUUUUUUUCCCUCUUGGAAGGUGGCGCGUACUGCUCUUGUUCUUCUUGUGAGCAACGACGUUUCUUCUGAUUUGCUCUCUCCCCUUCUUUAGGCUAAGGAAAGUUAAAAAGGAAAGAACAGCAUUAAUUAUCAAUCUCAAUAGGUGUUUUUAGUGAGCCAUGUCGCGCGAGGUGAUCGAGGGCGUCAUUGAGCACCUCACCUACACGAAGGGCGUGUUGGGGGUGGUGGUGUGCACGGCUGCGGGAGAGCCGAUUCGCGAUAGCUUUCAAAACUUAGAUCGCUCGUUGGCGCAGUCGUACGCGGCGAUGGCGGCCGACCUUGCGCGUCAGGCGGCGUGUCUGUUCGAGCCGAUGAAAGCGUGUCCUGUAGCCGCUGCGCCGGAGAGUACGAAGGGCGCGUCACGGAAGAAGUCAGCGUCUGCCCCGCCCGUUUUACCGAUUCGGGAGAGUGCCGUAGAGCUGAUCCGCGUGCGCACGUUGUUGCACGAGAUUGUCGUCCGCUGCAGCGAGGGGUUUCUCCUCGUGGUCGUGCAGGAGCCCGUUGACUGA